UUGAGCUGGACCCUGCAGAUGUGGCUGCUCUGCAGCUGGCCAAACAGGGGGAGCUCCAGGCCAGAGGCGUGGGCCCAGUCUCUGAGAAGGCACUGGAUAAGCUCAUCACGAGGAAGGAGUUGGUGCUGCACUGCCGCAAGAGGACCAGAGGGCUGGAGGAGACCGCCAGGAGGAUCAAGGCGCUCAUCGAUAAGCUGGACAGUGAGAAGGGGAGGGACAAGCUGGGGGUCCCACUGCUGGACCACUGCUGGAAACAAAGGAAAGGAUUAUCAAACUCUUAAAAGAGGGGGAGCUGCUGGGUAUGGAGUACCUCUACAGUCAGUUGGGGAAAUCCCUGACUGUAACAAUCAACCCUGAGGAAGAAGACCGGCUGGUGGAGCAAAUGGACGACGGGUUUGUAGAGGAGGAAACCGAGGAUCUGACGGUGCCCGUCCUCUACGACCCCUUGGAGGCGGUGAGGGGCAAUGUCCCCCAGGCCUUCACCAACUCCGCACCACCCUCACCGCUGCCGUCCACAUCCAGCCCCCACCCCUUACCCCACACACAUCUCCUCAGGCUCCUGCCCAAGCUCCUCUGCUCCCUCCUCCUCCUCGAGAUGCAGAACAACCUCCUCCUCGGGCUGCAGACCAGCCUGCUGUUUUCGUUGAUUUGCCUUCAUUCUGCUGCCUCAGGAUGUGACAAAGAUGGCUGUAGCAGAGACCACGCCCCCCUCUCAUCUUCUUCAUUGGUGAAAUCCUCACAGCACCCAUACGACAUCCCAGUUUCAGUGACACAGGCGACUUCAGUAAAUGGCAGUGAUCGUAAACAUCGUGAUGCUUCUGCUGUGUUUCCCUUCAUUGGCCUCACAGGAAGUGCUGAGCAGAGCCGAAGCUGUUGUAAAAAUGGAGGAACAUGUAUCCUUGGCAGCUUCUGCGCCUGUCCUCAGUUCUUCACUGGGAGGAGCUGUGAAUACGACAAACGCAUCAGGCGCUGUGGUUUGGUCCGUCACGGCGAGUGGGUUCAGAAAGGCUGUUCAUACUGUCGCUGCAUUCACGGCGUCCUGCACUGCUUCCCCGACGUCUUCCAUAAAGACUGCGAUGAUUCUGAGGAGGUUCUCUGGUUUGUCUCGUCAACUGUCAGAACAUGUCACUCCGGGUUCCUCCAGUAUGUGGCGCUGCUGCUUCCUCUCUGCUUCCUCCUCUGGGAAUGAGGUAAAGUUCAGGAUUUCUCUAAAACUCUGACACCUGCUUCAGCAUGCCCUGAAAGCUUCAGAAGUAUGUCAGGAUUCAUUCUGUGCUGCUUUCAUGUGCUGUCUUAAAACAAAAAAACAAACA